CGCCCCCGCUUGAAGACCGGCUCGAGCCGGUAGGCUAUAAAGAGCUGACAAAACGGUAAGGAAAUAAGGAAACGGUUGAUUUACUUAACAGAAGAUACAGAUGUGUUUUAGGCCUUCAAGAAAGAGAGGACAGAUACAGUAACCAGGGAAACAUAAUCAUCUAUGAUUCUCCUUGUGGAUCGGACAAGAGGACAUUUUUACAUCAGGCUUAAAAAGAUGUUGCUUUAGUCCUGAACAUCUAUUCGUCUGGUCGGAAGCGGAAGAGACAGAUCUGGUAGACUAACGUUAUAGGGAGAACAUAGAAAUAACAUACCGAUAAACUAGCUGCUCAUUUUGCCAUUAAAACCUGUUCAUUAUAUACGACAGUCGACUAUUCUGUGUCGAUCAUUUUCCCGACUAGACUGAUCGUCGCUCUGUUGGUGCUCAGACCCAGCCAUGCGGGGGUUAAAGUCAGCGGUGCAGGGGUCCGGGGGGUGCAGGGGUCCAUGUGUGUACGAGGCGGUGCCAGACGGAGGCUGGGGCUGGGCGGUGGCCGUGGCCUUCUUCUUCGUUGAGGUGUUUACUUACGGGACCAUCAAGUCUCUGGGGGUGUUCCUCGAGGACCUCAUGACAGAGUUUGGGGAGAGCAACAGCAGAGUAUCCUGGGUCAUCGCAAUCUGCGUCUUCAUCCUCACAUUCACAGCCCCUCUGUCCACGGUGCUCAGUAACCGGUUUGGGUACCGUCCCGUAGUGAUGUUGGGGGGUUUUCUGAUCAGUCUGGGUACCAUCAGCUCUGCUUUCGUCUCCUCCAUCAACGAGAUGUACGUCACCAUCGGCAUCGUCUCAGGUCUGGGGUACUGCCUGACCUUCCUGCCCACCAUCACCAUCCUGUCUCAGUACUUCAACAGAAGGAGGUCCCUGGUCACCGCCUUGGCCUCCUCAGGGGAGUCCUUUGCCAUGUUUGCCUUCGCACCAGCCUUCAUGGCCUUGAAGGAGAUCAUCGGCUGGCGUCACUGCCUCAUUGUCAUCGGUCUCAUGCAGGCCUCCGUGAUUGGCUGCGGCGCUCUGCUUCGACCAAUCAUCAUCAGGCCUGACCAGGAAGUGUCAGGGGAGGUGUCCAAUAAGGAGAAGCUGUCCGUUAAGCUGCAGACGGUCUAUGAGCUGGAGAAUGAGGACACUCAGACCAACGUUAGCUCCGGGGAGUCUGAGGAGUCAGGGGAUUCCGGGGUCACCUCUCUGUCUGCCUCCAGUGCUGACCUCCGGGCCACCACAGCCACGCAGGACCCCUCUGAGACCCGGGCCCUCAUGGAGGACCAGGGGGAGAAGAACCAGGGGGGACAGGCAACCCUUGGAACCCCACAGAAUCAGCUGGAGGCUGGGGAGAAAGAGCAGGGUGAGGCGGGUCCCCUUGUCCAACCCUCCAGACCUAAACUCCUAGACUUUGCGGUGUUAAAAGAUGGAGCGUUCAUCUGCUACUCUCUGUUUGGCCUCUUCGCCACGCUGGGGUUCUUCGCCCCGUCACUUUACAUCAUAGAACUCAGUAAGAGCCGCGGCGUCCACCCAGAAAAGUCGGCCUACAUGCUCUCUGUAAUGGCGGUGUCCGAGGUCUGCGGGCGCCUGUCCAUCGGGGUCAUUUUAAACAAGGUGCGGAUGCGUAAGACCCAGGUGCUUCUGGGAUGUGUAGUUCUGCUGUGUCUGGUGCUGCUUGCCUUCACCCUGGUGACUGAGUUCUGGGGCCUGGCAGCCUGCUGCUGUCUCUAUGGCUUCCUGAUGGGCACCGUGGGUUCUACACACAUCCCCAUGCUGGCAGAGGACGACGUGGUGGGCAUAGAGAGGAUGCCCUCGUCCGUGGGGGUCUAUGUCUGUAUCCAGAGCUUUGCUGGGCUGGCCGGACCACCGCUGGGGGGCCUGUUGGUGGACAAGACCCAGAACUAUGGCUCAGCCUUCUACUCCUGUGCUGUGGGAAUGGGCCUGGGCGCCAUCUUCCUCGCCAUGGUGGGGCCUGCCAAGUCCGGCCUCUGCCUCCGCGGGAAGACGAGAAAACAGGAGGAGGAAGGAGAGGAGGAAGGAGAGGAGGAGAGAGGAGGAGAGGAGGAGGAGAAGGUUUCUCAGGACAGUGGAUCAGCAGAUUAUCUAGAUGUUGAUCUGACUGUGGAGACCAGUCCGGCUAAAUGGUCCCCAAAACAGGAGACCAACGUGGUCUGAACGCGGUCUGAACGCGGUCUGAACGCGGUCUGAACGUGGUCUGAACGUGGUCUGAACGUGGUCUGAACGCGGUCUGAACGUGGUUGAAUAACUAAGACAGAACCAGGUCUCCUUUGGAAAAACAAGUCUUCUGAACUCAAUGGGACGACCUGGUUAAAUAAAGGUUCAAUUAAAAAAUACAUGAUAGCGUUUAGCCGACCGCUGCCUAACUGACCGACCAAGGAGAACCUCGACCGCUGCCUAACUGACCGACCAAGGAGAACCUCGACCGCUGCCUAACUGACCGACCAAUGAGAACCUCGACCGCUGCCUAUCUGACCGACCAAUGGAGAACCUCGACCGCUGCCUAACUGACCGACCAAUGGAGAACCUCGACCGCUGCCUAACUGACCGACCAAUGAGAACCUCGACCGCUGCCUAACUGACCGACCAAUGAGAACCUCGACCGCUGCCUAACUGACCGACCAAUGAGAACCUCGACCGCUGCCUAACUGACCGACCAAGGAGAACCUCGACCGCUGCCUAUCUGAUCGACCAAUGAGAACCUCGACCGCUGCCUAACUGACCGACCAAUGGAGAACCUCGACCGCUGCCUAACUGACCGACCAAUGGAGAACCUCGACCGCUGCCUAACUGACCGACCAAUGAGAACCUCGACCGCUGCCUAACUGACCGACCAAUGAGAACCUCGACCGCUGCCUAACUGACCGACCAAUGAGAACCUCGACCGCUGCCUAACUGACCGACCAAGGAGAAGAAACACCCAACCAUCUAGCAAAUAAGAGAACACACACUGUCAACAUGCUACUGAGAGACUGAGUGCUGGACAAACACCUCUGUGGUGCAGAAUGUAUACACACACACACACACACAGCUUUGACCUGUUUACCCUCUCAGAUGUCAUUCACACACUUGCAUUGCAGCGAACAACUGUCUAAGGGGCAUUCCUAUUGACCAAGUCUCUCUCCUCAGAGUCAACCAAACUCCAUGCAUGGCUGAGACGCAGGCUUUUAACAUGAUUACUGCUCUGUCAGUAGUUAACAUAACCAUGAUAUGACCUUUCUGUUCAUAGUUAUAACCAUGAUAUGACCUCUCGGUUCAUAGUUAUAACCAUGAUAUGACCUCUCUGUUCAUAGUUAUAAACCAUUAUGUGACCUCUCGGUUCAUAGCUAUAACCAUGAUAUGACCUCUCGGUUCAUAGUUAUAACCAUGAUAUGACCUCUCUGUUCAUAGUUAUAACCAUGAUAUGACCUCUCUGUUCAUAGUUAUAACCAUGAUAUGACCUCUCGGUUCAUAGCUAUAACCAUGAUAUGACCUCUCGGUUCAUAGCUAUAACCAUGAUAUGACCUCUCGGUUCAUAGUUAUAACCAUGAUAUGACCUCUCUGUUCAUAGUUAUAACCAUGAUAUGACCUCACUGUUCAUAGUUAUAACCAUGAUAUGACCUCUCUGUUCAUAGUUAUAACCAUGAUAUGACCUCUCGGUUCAUCGCUAUAACCAUGAUAUGACCUCUCUGUUCAUAGUUAUAACCAUGAUAUGACCUCACUGUUCAUAGUUAUAACCAUGAUAUGACCUCUCGGUUCAUAGCUAUAACCAUGACAUGACCUCUCUGUUCAUAGUUAUAACCAUGACAUGACCUCACUGUUCAUAGUUAUAACCAUGACAUGACCUCUCUGUUCAUAGUUAUAACCAUGACAUGACCUCUCUGUUCAGUUAUAACCAUGACAUGACCUCACUGUUCAGUUCUAACCAUGAUGACUGUUUCUCUGUCUCAACCCCUCAGUUGAUGCCAAAGGUCUGGUAGUAACAGGCCAAGUCCUGUCUUCAUAUUGAUUACUAUUAUUAUGGUUGAAUCUGAAUGACUACUGUUAUCCAAACAUAAUACCACCACAGUAUUCUACACAGUACUGUUAUCCCAAAACAAUACUACCACAGUAUUCUACACAGUACUGUUAUCCCAAAACAAUACUACCACAGUAUUCUACACAGCCUGUACACAAUGUUUAUCUCAACAGUCUACUUCAUGUACCUAUAUAAUGUAUAAAUGUGAUAUAAAAGUGCCAAAUAAGGCUAUAGGUAUAUAUAUGUAUGGAUAACAGUGGGCUAUAGGUGAAACUAAGACGUAUGGAUUACAGUGUGAAUGACUAGCUGUUUCAAUUCUGUGGAUCACUACUUUACCUGUCAGUCAAUCAAACAAACAAUCAAAGCUUUUAUUUAUAUUGUGUUUAUUUAAAAAUAUAUAUAAAUGCAUUUGAAGUGCUUGCAGCAAGCCAAGGCCACAGUGACAAGACAAAACUUCCUAGGUAGGUAGUGGUGGAGAUUUGACUACAAAAGAGUUGAUUCCUCGAUCGUCGACUCCAAAACAUCCUGGAGUCUUUCACCACUAUAUAGGUAAAGACCUGGAGACAAGGAGAGGGACCGAUCUUCCUCAGACUGGCCUAAAUGCCCUACCCAACGACUCUCAGUCACUCAGGCCUCUUGCACUGAGAUGCAGGGUCUUAGACCACAGGGCCACUGGGGAGUUCUAUCAUCUCUGCUGUAAUACUCACUGCUGAUCAGCUUUUUUAAUUGAUUAAAUUGAUUUGUUUAUAACAAACGAACAUUUGAA